UUCAAGGUCGUUUGUGUUUAACGUUUACACUGUCAUUUACUUAGGCGACUUCAAGGAGUAUACUCCACGAUCUGGAAUUUAAAAAUAUAAAAUUUAAAUUACAUUAUUAGUUAGGGUAUGGAUUUAGUGCCUCCGUUGGCCGCUGUUCAAGCAUGCAGUGUUCAACCUUUAGAAGACUACGAUGGACCAAGAGCACCUUUACUUCGUCAAGUGUCCCUUGACGAGGAGCGUCGGGACGAAUGCCAGGGACAUUGGAGGGGAGUUCACAUCCAGGGUGAAGAAGAGGAGAAAGGUGUCAGGCUAUUCAGAGCUUUAUUACUACAGCAUCUGAGGCUGGAAGAAUUGAGGCCACCACCUUGUAUUGUGGCGACGGCUAGACCCGAUCCGAGUGGCUGGUGGAUGUAUUGGCGCGACUGGCGAGCCCUGGAGCGGGCUGCUAAGAGAUUUCGAGGAACAAAAGCAAGAGCGAGACUAGCAGCUAGGGCUGAACAAAUAUCGCUUCUCAGCUUGGAUGAAGUCGCUUUUGAAGACAUUAUGCAGGAAUUAUGCCAGGCUUGUGCCCAUAUUGAGCAACGGGCUUUGGUGGUGCUAGCAUUUCUAUGCGAAGUAUGCGCGAGAGCUGUUCGGGUUGGAGGUUGGUGCCGGGCGGCAGAUUGGGCAGCGAAACAUGUAGCCCAGUGCGCUACACCGUGGGCGAUCAGACAUGGAGGAUGGAGCGCAGUGGUAGAGAGAGCAGGUGGCGCUCGCAGAGAGGAGACGACACUACUGGCCGGGGCGGCGUUCGCCGCGCUACUGGCAUUUUUACUGUUUUGCCGCACGCGAAUGCGUCAAGCUUUGUUGUAACUACCCUCAAAUCAUAUUGUUGUGGUCAUGACAUAUUGUAAUUUUUCAUCAUUAAGAUGGGAAUGACAAAUUUACAAAAUGCAUAUGCCUCAUUCUUGUACGAUUGAUGUUUUCACUGGAAUUUGAGAGCACAACUAUUAUUGUGUACAAGCUUUUGUGGGGUACAAGGAAAAGUACUGAGACAGGUGGCAAAUUUUACUAUAGAGCCAACUUUUGGCAAAUCACUAAAAUGUUCUAUUUUAUCGUCCUAGAAUAAAGGUUCUUGUCCUAUGUUUAAAUAAUUAGGUUUAUUUCCUCUUUCUUCUAAAGUAAAAAAGGUGUGUUUAAGGUAUCUAUUAGUAUAUUUAUAGUUAAUUAUUUUUACUACUGUAAGCUACACGCACAGCGUACGGUCUAAAAUAUUUUUAUGGGGUUUGAUCUCAAACAGUGUCUUAGGUAUUAUUGUAUUUUUCUAUCAGAAUGGUGUUAAAUGUGAUUGAAUGUUAUUUUUAUAUAGCAGUAAUGUAUUUAUGUUUAUCAAUAAAAAGUAUUUAGAUAAUAA